AUGGCUGUAGUUGUUACUCCCUUAAUGCUUGAACAAGAUAUUAUUAGUGUUGCUCAGUACGUUUUAGUUGUGGAAAAGGAAUCAGUGUUCCAGCGACUAGCAAAUGAUCAGUUUUGCAAGAGGAACCGUUGCAUUGUGAUAACAGGAAGGGGUUAUCCUGAUGUUCCCACAAGGAGGUUUCUGUGUCUCCUCAUUGACAAGCUGCAUUUGCCUGUGUACUGCCUGCAAAUGGCUUAUGAUGCAACGUAUCUACGGGUCUCUGAGAUUCAAUGGCUUGGAGUGUUUGUCCAGGAUUGCAACAAUUAUAGCAUUCCGCAGCAAUGUCUCCUGCCUUUGACUGCAGAAGAUAAGAGGAAAGUCGAAGCAAUGUUACCUAGAUGUUAUUUGCAAAGAGAAGUACCAAAAUGGAGGUUUGAACUGGAGCUGCUGUUGCACAAAGGAGUUAAGUUUGAGAUUGAAGCGUUGUCUGUGCAUUCACUCACUUUCUUGUCCCACGAGUAUCUACCAUCAAAGAUCCACAGCGGAGGGUAUAUCUGA